UUCGGCUCGCUUUGAGGGUACAAUGAAUGUUGACCUGAACGAGAUCAGCAUGAAUCUGGUUCCUUUUCCUCGCUUACACUUCCUUCUUCCGUCUCAGAGUCCUUUGAGCUCAGCAUCUGCGACCGUCGCCCCAAGACGAUACACUAUUUUUGAAGUUACCGAUUAUGAGAGGUUCUGUCUAUAG